AUGGCUCCGACACCCGCCAACAACAUCGCCUACACGGCGCCCAUCAACCCACCCAACGCCCACCCCCUCCUGACAUACGAGCAGAUCUGGCAAGGACUCCAACGCAAGAUCCGCGCGGGGCAAGACUUCGUCGGUGGCGCAAUCGUUUCGACGGACGUGAUCUCGACCUCGGAAACCGAGCACGGCCACCCCGUCACGGUGCGCGAAGUUGUCUUCCGCGAUGGCAACCGCCGCGUCCGAGAGAAAUGUAUUGCCUACGAGCCCAUGAAGGUCGAGUUCCACCAGGACGACGGGAGCAAGGUGCAGAACGUCAUCAGCCAGGGCGGUCGGGGCGACACCGAUCUGUACAUGACAUACACGUUUGAAUGGUUGCAUCCGGAGUGCGAGGGCGACGAGGCGGCACUGGCAGCCAAGAAGGAGAAGGAGUGGAAUAUCGCCAAGAUGGCCGUCGAGAAGACCAUUGAGGUGAUGCGAGAGAUGGUCAAGGAUGGGAGGAUAUCCGUACAAUGA